AUCCUAUUAUUUAUCAGUGUUUUAUAUCAAACAAUGUUAUUCAAGACAGACUGCUCAUCUGCUGAUUAGUUUUAUCAUAUUAUGAGCGUUGUCUGCAUUCUUUUCGAUCGAGGUUGAAUUUUGGUAAAACAAAUCAAAGAUAAACAGCAAUCAUGGGUCUGGUACAGUCAGUAUUUUGUUCCAUGACAUUUUGCGUUGAAAGAGUAUUAACCUGGACUUGUUGUGCAUUCGUGCUGAUGCUUCUCAUGUUCACAAUUAUUUUACUAAUGAUAUACGGUAUAUCAGUGGGCUAUCAUUACGCUCAGAAAGAACUGGCGUCCUUUGCAAUGUCUUCGAGAUCGACAACAGAGCCGACGAUGCUUCGCGCCGGGCCGGAGUCGCAGCCCGUGGUGCGCCUCGUGGCCGUCAACCGAUCCGAAGUCGAACACGCACCACAUCCACUUCUUGAGGUGUAUCAAACCAAGAAACCAGGAGAAAGUCUUUUCAUGGAAUCCACGGAGACACCGAUUGUCGUUUUGGAAACUGAAAGGCCACCAAAGGAGCCAGAGCUGCUGCCCCACGAACGGGAAUUGGCGCGAAAGUUGAUAGGCCGCUUCCGUCGCUCGCGGAACAACACCACCAGCGAGCCCUUCCUGCGGCCUUUGAGAAACAGUUCGGAGCCCGCGCCACUUCAGCUAUUAACCUGACCUCGUUGAAGAGAAAUUUACUGUUUCUCUGUACGAAAUGACCUGAAUGAGAACUCGAUGCUAGCGAAGCACAUCAAUAAAAC